UGGUUUAAUACUGCAGCCGGAAACAGAGCCACAGCAGAGGAAGAAAAGCAGGACAAACAACAACAACUUAGCCUAACCCAGUUUAUUUUAUAUUAACCCAAUUUAUCGAAUAUUAACCCAGUUUAUUUUAUAUUAACAUACCUUAGUUUAUCUUAACCUAAUUUAUCCUUCAACUAGCACUUCGCUCCUGCACUCCGGGCUCGGUUUUCUCGGUUCUCUGGUUUUGUUUUGAGAAAAUUAUCUUCAUGUGAGAAAGAUCAGAUUACUGCAGCUGUUUUUAACCGAGUGUUGAAAUAUGGCUCAGCAGAGAGGAGUCAACAGUCUUCACUUUAACCAGGAUCAGAGUUGUUUCUGUUGUGCGAUGGAAUCUGGAGUUCGGAUUUAUAAUGUGGAACCGCUGAUGGAAAAAGGACACUUAGAUCAUGAACAGGUUGGCAGCGUUGCCCACUGCUCCAUGCUUCACCGCUCCAACCUCCUGGCUGUUGUGGGCGGCGGCGUCAACCCCAAGUUCUCUGAGAUCUCCGUGUUAAUUUGGGACGAUGCUCGAGAAGUGAGGGACACCAAAGACAAGCUAGUGCUGGAAUUCACCUUCACCAAACCGGUUCUGGCCGUACGAAUGAGACACGACAAAAUCAUCAUCGUUCUGAAAAACAGGAUCUACGUUUACAGUUUCCCAGACAACCCAGUCAAGCUCUUUGAGUUUGAUACUCGAGAUAAUGCUAAAGGUCUGUGUGACGUGUCUCCCAGUAUGGAGAAGCAGUUGCUGGUUUUUCCGGGACACAAAUGUGGAAGUUUACAGCUGGUGGAUCUUUCCAACACGAAACCCGGAACAUCAUCUGCUCCGUUCACCAUCAACGCCCAUCAGAGUGAAAUCGCUUGUUUGGCGCUGAACCAGCCGGGCAGCGUGGUCGCCUCCGCCUCCCGGAAGGGAACCCUGAUCCGGCUGUUCGACACGACGACUCGGGAUAAACUCGUGGAGCUGCGAAGAGGAACAGAUCCGGCCACUUUAUACUGCAUUAAUUUCAGCCACGACUCGUCCUUCCUGUGCGCUUCCAGUGAUAAAGGGACUGUCCACAUUUUUGCCCUCAAGGACACCAAACUGAACCGCCGAUCAGCUUUGGCUCGGGUGGGAAAAGUGGGGCCAGUGAUUGGUCAGUACGUGGACAGUCAGUGGUCUCUCGCCAGUUUUACUGUUCCGGCUGAAUGUGCCUGUAUUUGUGCCUUCGGGAAAAACACAUCCAAAAACGUCAAUUCCGUAAUCGCAAUAUGUGUCGAUGGGACAUUCCACAAAUACGUCUUCACACCUGAUGGAAACUGUAACCGGGAAGCGUUUGAUGUGUAUCUGGACAUAUGUGAUGAUGAUGAUUUCUAAGGUUGGAAUUGGAGUUGAAAUGCUGUGUAAUAUUAGUGUAUAUGUUAAAUGUAGAUGUUUAAUAUAAUCUCUGUGAGGGACAGUAAAUAAAAUGGCUUAAACAGU